AUGGUUUCGACACCUUCGCGAAAAUCUGUUCAUGUUGUUAAAAGUGGGAACUACAAACGUCUUCCGGGAGAGUACGAAGUAGAACAAAUUCUGGAUGUUAAGGUCGUAGAUGGAAGUGAGCAGUUCCUAGUCAAGUGGAAAGAUCACGACGACUCUCAUAACACAUGGGAACCCGUUGGUAAUCUGGCCUGCCCGAGGAUUCUUCAUGAAUUUUUCCUUCAAAGGUCUUUGACCGAAGAAAUAGUCGUCGAUGUGGAGGUGAACAGCGACAAACCGUACGGGUUCGAACGUGGCCUCGCGCCAACAUGCAUUACUGGCGUUACAAAAGUUGAUGACGAGCUAUAUUUUUUGAUUAAAUGGAAGGGCAGGAAAGAUCCGGAUGUCGUUCCUGCAACGCAGGCCAAUGUCAGAUGUCCUCAGCUAGUUAUCGGAUUUUACGAAAACCGUUGCUUAGUUGGCUUUAAAUUUCCAAACGGCAAAGACCGUGGGACCAUUGUCCUGUCUAGCCGGGGAUCUACGGAUGCGUAA